AAUACUCACUCUGCAAAUGAUCCAAACAUAUGAUUUUAGAAAUUUUGCAAAUAAUUUAUUUUUGAAAAAAAAAAUUGUAAAAAAAUUGUUGAAUUAUUAUCAAUAUGAGUAGAAUUCUUUUGAAUGGACUAUUCAAAUUAGCUACAUUGCAUAAGUUUGGAUUUCAAAAUAUUGUUGACACUAAAAUAGUUGAAAAACGAAAUUUCAUACUUUGUGUGUGCCUUCAGGAGCAGAAAAUCAACAAAGACGCCACAAACAAUGCAAAUCCAACGAAGAAAGCAAAGAGUGCGCCUAAAAUAACUUUAAUGGGCCCAAAUGAUUCUAUAUCAGUGACUACAUUGGGGGAAGCACAAAAAUUAGCAAAACGACGUGACUUACAUAUAAUGCAGUUAGAGAAAUUUGAUUCAAAAACACAAAGACCAAUCUACAAACUAGUAACGUCUGCGGAAAUGCUUAAGAAUGAAAUGAGUGACUUGAACGCACACAAGAUAUCCACUGAUAAAAAUUUAUCGAAAAAGUCUGAAAAAUCUCUAACCAUUGGCUCACGCAUUAGUGAACAUGAUUUAGGCUCACGUCUGAAAAAUAUUAGUAAGUGGUUGGCUAAACAACAUGAAGUACGAGUUCUUAUACAAGGCAAUGCGAAUGAAAAUCAAAAUACGGAAAAAAUAUUUAAAAGCAUAUCCGAAUCCAUUACUAAUCCAGACGUAAUCGGUAAAAUUGUACAGAAGCAUACAAAGGGAUCAGUUACGAAAUUUAGCAUAAUACCUCAGGCGGCAGUAACUCAGCCACCAGUAUCUCAGUCAUCGAUUACAGACGAGAAGUCGUGACUAGAUAUGCAAAAGUCUUUGAGUCAAAGGAUGUGUUCACGGAAUAUUUAUACAUAUACUAAUUUACUUACAAAUCGGUUACCACAAAGAUACUUUUCAAGCGAAAAUGUCAAGGAAACUAAUAAUAUAAUAAAAUAUUUUGGUAGUUUUACAUUAAUCAGUUUGAUUGUGCUUAAAUAUGUGUUUUGGUUUAAGUAUUUUAAAAUGAAAUCAUCUACUAAGUAAUUUGUGACUUAACUUCUUGGUAAUGGAUAUAUGUGUAUAUGCAAUUCCGAAUAUAGAUUUCUUUCUGAAUACAAAUGUUAAUUAGUUAAUCGUUAUAUUGUAACAAAAUGCAUUAAAUUUUCAUUUAACUUUACUUUUUAAUAUAUUUUAUAAAAUGAAAUGAGCAUAUUUACAUACAUACAAUAAUGCUUCCAUAAAAAAAUUUGUUAUUUUUUAUAUGAAAUAAAAAAAAACUAU